AUGGCUGCUCUUAUCACCGACCUGGACGAGCAUGCCAGACGUCUUGCACGUGACAUACAACAGCACUGCACCAACGCUCAAACCCGCCUUAACAACGUCCUCAAACAGACUGAUAUCCAACCCAAAGCAGCGCUCUACUCCCUCCUCCUCUUCGCCGCAUUCACAUACUUCACCAUCGCCGCCACCAACCUAAUUCGCGCCCGCAGACAAAACAAUCCACGACCCAGUACACCCAACCUCGAGAAACGAUCUCCGUUUAAAACACCGGAUCGCCCUCCAGGAGUAUGGCCACCCUCAGACUUCAUCCGACCUCCGGCGACUCCCUACCCAUCCUUUUCUCUCACGACCACUAAGCCCCUACCUUACCGUCCCUUCCGCCACGGCCCCAAGUACAACAUCACAAUGGGUCUUCGCAACAUGAACUGGGACGAAUGGAUCGAACUCGACAAUCAGUACAUGCAGUUCCACGACCUAAAAGCAAGAAGAAUAGCAGACCGAGGUUCAAAAUGCAUCAAAACAGCCCCAGGAGCCGUCCCCGCCGCAGUGGAACUCCUCGAGGAAUUGUCUUCCUACCUACCACAACGUUAUCCCACCGUCUUCCAGACCAUCCCCCCUUCCGAGGGUAUGAAGAAUGGAUUUAGGAAUUUGGCCACGGGCGAAAUCUUCGAUGUUGGAAGACUUGAGAGGAAUGGUGGGAGGGAAGAUGCGAUGGAGAUGUGUGCGAGGUUGGUUCAGGAUGAUCUUGCUAUUAUGGUGGAGAAGGAGGAUGGACAGUAUUAUCUCCUCGCUGGUGCAAUUCUAUUAGCGGGGUUUUGGAGACUGGAGGAUAAGUUUGGGAUGCCAUUGAGUGAGAUCCAUACUAGUGGUGACGUGCCCGGUUUCAAAACCAAGCUCGAAAAACCAAUGUCCAACUUCUUCCGGCGGAUACAACCACAGUCCCCUGUUUUGCGAAACAACUACUUCAUCCAAGUCGACGACAAUCUCGCGUGGAGCUCUAGUAUAGGGCCUGAAGAUACAGAGGGAGAAGGCGGGAUAGGCUGGUUUACAGCGGAGAAGAACAAGGCGGUUGAGCAUCAUUGGUUUAGGAGUGAGAGGCAGAGCUUGAGACGGAGCCGUAUGUACCGGGUAGACUAG